CCUCUAAAAAUAUAAAUAAUAUUAUUGCAAUGUCAUUUAUUUAAAAUUUAAAUCAAUACAUAAAUUUUUAAUAAUUUAAAUUUUAUAUUUAAACCCUUGCCUACUAACAAGUACUACAUACAUACAACAACAUACAUUUGAAUUCUACCAACAGUGAUAAAACUACUAAUAUAUAAAACAUCGGUCCUAUCCUCCAAGAGUAAAAAAUAUCUAUAAAUUAAAAUGUGCACAUUUGGUGAAAUCGUCGAACCAGUCAGCCGGUCUACUUGGGAAGAUUGGGACGACGAAAUCCCUGAUAUUGCAUCGUUGCAAUGGCAACAACCCUUAGACACAUUCAAUAAAAUUGAGACACUCUUUAUCCUAGAAGGCAAGUUCAUAUCAGAAUGUGUGAAAAUGCACCCUCAAGCACAUUUAAAAUUAAUUAACUCUGUACUAGAAGUCAACUUGCACUUAUAUGAAAUGGCAUCAAAUAAAUAUGUUUGUACCAUCAAGAAUUACAACUUGCUCCAUAGUAGUGAGAUUGUGGAGCUUUUGAAACCGCUUAUAAUUACAAGUGAUAAUGUUGUUACAAUACAGACAAAGACACUUUUGGAAUACCAAACUGCUAGUCCAGUAAAUUCACCUCUGAUUAUCAGAGAGUUAAGCACUUCUAAACCAGCACCCAAACUGUGGGAUGGGAAAUUUAAAAGGCUAGAGCAGCCAAACAUUAUAUCAGGAGUUGCCGCAGGAGUAUUAUGUCUAAGGGAACAUUUAGAUUUAUCAGCUACUACACUUGUUUAUUAUAUUGAACACAGUGAAGAGUAUCAAACUGAUGAAAUACAACAAAUAUUGGAAAAGCUGAAAAUUAUCAACAGCAUUUGUAGUACACAAGUAAAUGGUAUACUCAAUUCAAACCUGUACAUUUAAUAAAUAAAAUACUUUGUGUAUGUG